AUGACAACCAAAAUCCCCAUUAAUCUACUUCUCAAUCCACAGCAACACGAUGACAAGAAAGAAAAAAAAGACAAGUCCGAAAGCUGUUCAAAACUCCGAGGAACAAGAGUUACUCAGCAUAAACGAGAAGCUGAUGAAUUGUUUUUCAAACUUUCCAAUGGAAUUGGGAAACCUGAAUUCGAACUACGCUGUGAACUCAAAAAGGUGCUAUCAAGUUUGAAAGUAGUUACAACGAAUGGUAAGUUAGAGGAAAAUGGAGAGCUUCUACUCAGAACUACAUUUCAGUUAUCAAAAACUCUUUCGGUGGUGUUAAGUGAGUUUAAAAAGGUAGAAGAGUCGAACAUACAAUUCCACAAGUCUAGAGAUUGGGAUUCGGAGAGGAAAGAAACAAACCUUCGAUGCAAAGUCCCAAAUUUUGAAAUUGUCCCUUUAAAUACAAAACAGGAUUACUCGACAGGUAAGCGGCACAGAGGACAUCGUCUCCCUUCAGAAAAAGUUGAAAAAUUAGAGCUGUGGUUCAACCAAAAUAUCUCGAAACCAUAUUUGAAUCAGAGGGCUCUCAGGACGUUAGUACACGAGACUUCCUUGUCUCCUAUACAAAUAAAAAAUUGGUUAUCGAAUCGACGUCGAAAGAAAAAAUCGGCUGGAAUAGCUGAUACCAUUUCCGAUCUCCUUUUCACGAAGAAAAAUAGCAAAACUGAUACAAAAGUAUAA